ACCUAGCGACGCCGACGCAGCCACCGUCUCUUGUACUUCAACCCAAUGUCCACGCCAACGCCUCCGAAGCAACCUCCAGAGGAGCAAUCCGAUGCCGAACCAGAAGGCAAUGUUCCUCCGGAUCAACCAGGUUCGGAGUCACCCGAAGCAGAAGCAGAAGCUGAGGCAGAAGAAGAGGAAGAGGAGGGAGAGUGCGGGUUUUGUUUGUUCAUGAAACAGGGUGGAUGCAGAGACGCGUUCAUCGAUUGGGAGAAUUGCGUGAAGGAAGCGGAGAAUAACAAAGAGGAUUUGGUGGAAAAGUGUGCUAAGAUCACCGCGGAGUUGAAGCUGUGUAUGGAUGCGCAUUCCGAUUACUACGAACCCAUCCUCAGAGCCGAGAAGAUGGCCGAGCAACAAGCCAUUCAAGAAUUGGAGAAUGAAAAGCUAAAGGAGGAAGUGCCUUCUGAUUCUAAUCAAAAGUGAGAUCCAAUUUCAAUGCUUCUUCUUUUUUUUAUAUAUAAUUUAUUGUUAUAGUUGUCGCGUCAACGCGAAUAGAACACUUUAGAGGCUAUGUAUGAUUGCCACUGACAAGAGUGUGAGAUAGAAUAUGUAAUCUCAUUUUUUUUGUCUCAAUAAUUGGA